UCCAGAAGACAGGACUGAACAAGGAGUAUAAGUAAAGCAAGAUGAACGAUGUGAAACUUGCUGUCUUGGGUGGUGAAGGAACAGGCAAAUCUGCCCUCAUAGUAAGGUUUCUUACCAAGCGAUUCAUUGGAGAAUAUGCUUCUAAUUUCGAAUCUAUCUAUAAUAAGCAUUUGUGUUUGGACGGGAAGCAACUUACUCUAGAAAUAUAUGACCCUUGUUCUCAACCACAGAGAGGAAAAUUUUCCCUCACAAGUGAGCUGCAUUGGGCAGACGGGUUUGUUAUUGUGUAUGACAUCAGUGACAGAUCUUCCUUUGCUUUUGCAAAAGCACUGAUCUACAGAAUUCGGGAGCCACAAACUAGUCAUUGUAAACGAACGGUGGAAUCAGCAGUGCUUUUGGUUGGUAACAAACAAGAUCUCUGUCAUGUGCGAGAGGUUGGCUGGGAAGAAGGGCAGAAACUGGCACUGGAUAACCGAUGCCAAUUCUGUGAACUGUCUGCAGCAGAGCAGUCUCUGGAGGUAGAAAUGAUGUUUAUCAGAAUUAUCAAAGAUAUCCUGACAAACUGCAAACUCAAAGAAAAGAGAAGACCCAGUGGAUCUAAAUCAGUGGCCAAAUUGAUCAAUAAUGUAUUUGGAAAGAGACGGAAGUCUGUUUAGUAGACAUGUGACCAUAUAUCAGAGAGUUUCAAACAUUCAUAUGAUAAUUAAAUUUUCCCUUUCUAUGCAAUUAAAAAAAUAAUUCUCUGAGAUAUAAAAUAAUUGAACAU